AUGAGCAAAGCUCACCCUCCCAAGUUGAAAAAAUUUAUGGACAAGAAAUUAUCAUUGAAAUUAAAUGGUGGCAGACAUGUCCAAGGAAUAUUGUGGGUGUUUGAUCCGUUUAUGAAUCUUGUGAUAGAUGAAUGUGUGGAGAUGGCAAUGAACAAUAGUAGGCAACAGAACAAUACUGGAAUGGUGGUAAUACAAGGAAAUAGUCUCAUCAUGUUAGAAGCCUUGGACCAAGUAUAAACAAUGGGUGUGUUCAUGAGAAGAAAUCAACUGCUUCCACAUGUCCCCUCUCCAUU